AUGCCCGGAAAAGGCCGAGAUAACAGCGGCGGCGGUGCGAUGGUGAAGGGAGGGAAGAAGAAGGAAACGAAGGGGUUGAAAGUAGCGCGAGAGGCACGGGAGGAGAUUAAGGUGGAGGGGAAGGAAGAGGAGAGAGAAGAGGAUAUUUUGGAGAUGGAGGAGGAAGAGGGGAGAGGAGGAGGAAGAGGAGGAGGAGGAGGAGGAGGAGGAGGAGGAGGAGGAGGAGGAGGAGGAGGAGGAGGAGGAGGAGGAGGAGGAGGAGAGGAGGAGGAGGAGGAGGAGGAGGAGGAGGAGGAGGAGGAGGAGGAGGAGAGGAGGAGGAGGAGGAGGAGGAGGGAGGAGGAGGAGGAGGAGGAGGAGGAGGAGGAGGAGGAGGAGGAAGAGGAAGAGGAAGAGGAAGAGGAAGAGGAGGAGGAGGAGGAGGAAGAGGAGGAUCAGGGUACAGAGAGCAAGAAGCGGAAGCGGAAGGAGGGAGCCACGGCCGCGGGAGACGCGGAGAAAGCGGCGGAUGGAUCGGCGGGAUUUGCGGGGAAGAAGGUCGCGGUGGGGGCGACCAAAGCGGACAUGGUCGCCGAGGAAGCUUCCGCGAAGGACACGCCGGGGAAGGUGAAGAAAAGCAAGGGGGGAAAAAAGGAGAAGGGGGAAGAUGCGGCGGAGGAAGCGGAAACGGGGGAUAAGAAGGAGAAGGCGGGGAAGACGGCGGAUAAGACGGCGGGGAAGGCGGCGAAGGAAGCGGGGAGCAACAUUAUGAGCGCGGUGGCGUUCGAUACGCUGCACAUCUGCGACGGCACGCGCAAGGGGAUCGAAGAGAUGGGCUUCACGCACAUGACGGAGGUCCAGGCUCGGACCAUACCGCACCUGCUGGCUGGGAAGGACGUGCUAGGUGCGGCGCGCACAGGCUCGGGGAAGACCCUGGCGUUCCUCAUCCCCGCUAUAGAGCUGCUGUUCCGUGGCAACUUCAUGCCGCGCAACGGCACGGGCGUGAUUAUCAUCUCUCCCACUCGAGAGCUCGCCAUGCAGAUCUUCGGAGUGGCCCGCGAUUUGAUGGCCCACCACAAGCAGACUUUUGGCAUCGUGAUGGGCGGCGCGAACCGCAAGGCGGAGGCGGAGAAGCUUAUAAAGGGGACGAACCUUCUGGUGGCGACGCCUGGGCGGCUGCUGGACCACCUGCAGAACACCAAGGGGUUUGUUUUCCGGAACCUCAAGUGCGUGGUGAUCGACGAAGCAGACCGGAUUCUCGAAGUGGGGUUUGAGGAGGAGAUGCGGCAGAUCCUGAAUCUUCUGCCCAAGGACCGCCAAACCAUGUUAUUCUCGGCCACCCAAACUACCAAGGUGGAGGAUCUGGCGCGAGUGAGCUUCAGCCGCACUCCCGUCUACAUCGGCGUCGACGACGGGCGGCACAAGGCCACGGUGGAGGGGUUGGAGCAGGGCUACUGCGUGGUGCCCAGUAAGGACCGCUUUCUGCUUCUUUUCACCUUCCUCAAGAAGAACCUCAAGAAGAAGGUCAUGGUGUUCUUUUCCUCCUGUGCUGCAGUCAAGUUCUACUCCGAGCUUUUAAACUACAUUGACAUACCCGUGCUGGACAUUCACGGCAAGCAGAAGCAGCAGAAGCGCACGACCACCUACUUUGAGUUUGUGAACGCCGACAAGGGCAUUCUCCUGUGCACGGAUGUUGCGGCAAGGGGGUUGGAUAUCCCUGCUGUGGAUUGGAUUAUCCAGUACGACCCGCCUGAUGAUCCCAAGGAGUACAUUCACAGGGUGGGCAGAACAGCAAGAGGAGAAGGAGGCAGUGGCCGCGCCCUGCUGUUCCUUAUUCCAGAGGAGCUCCCGUUUCUGGCUUACCUGCGGGCAGCCAAGGUGCCUCUGAACGAGUACGAGUUUCCCAGCCACAAGAUCGCCAAAGUGCAGCCGCAGCUGGAGCGGCUGAUAGCAAAGAACUACUACUUGCAUCAGAGCGCCAAGGAUGCUUACCGGGCCUACCUGCUGGCGUACGGCUCACAUGCUCUCAAGGACACGUUCAAUGUGCACCGGCUCAACCUGCAGCCUUCCACGCGACCCUGUCACGCGACGCACUGCAGAGCUAUCGAAAGCAUGGCAUCAUGCGCGGCGCAACGCACGACGCUGCGGCCUGUAACGGCCAACACGCCGCGCGUAUCUUUCCUGCGCGACAGCGACGCUAACGAUUCACUGGAACGCCAAGAUGAUUUUGUCGCGGCGGCUACUGCUGCUGUCGUCAGCAGUGAAACCACACUUGACGCCUCCCCCGCCGCUAAAACCGCCGCUGAAGCCGCCUUUGAAACCGUUGCUGAAGCCGCCGCCGCUUGUAAGGCCCCCGUCGUACUUCGCGCGGGAACGUUGGCGGCGCGGCGGAAACUCAAAUGCGGCUCGCUGCGCCUCGACGUGUCCCUUGAAGUUGACGAUUACGAAGGCGCCGACGACCAUCCGGACGACGCGGUUGAUAGUAAUCUGCACGGUCGCUGCGGCGCCAUUGCCGGCGCGAGUGAAGAUCACUUUUCCUUCGAGACGCCGCCGCAUGUGAUGCUGCUGCCGGCGGCUGUGGCGACCGCGACGUCGCCCACGAUCGCAUGGUCGUCGCGCGGGCGACGGUUCCGCAAGUCGUCCUCCGCGUCCUCCGCUCCCCUCUCCGUCGCCGACGGAAGCGCCACUCCUGCGAACGACGCCGCGUCGCGACAUGCAGACUUCUCGGAAACAGCAGCGGCAUUGCUGGCAGCGGCGGCGUUUCCGCGAGCUGCGUCUGCUGGCGCCGCGUUUACCAAGCCCCCGCGAAGCCCGCUGGCUUCCCUCACGGUGAUCUCCCCUUUCUCCCCUCCGCUUGGCGCGCAGCAGCUUUCGCCGGACGUGGCUCGUCACGCGGACGAUCCACGUGGCACCACCACCUCGCACAAGCCCCUGCGCCGCAGGAAGGAGAAUCGUCAUGAUCACCCGGCGGCAGAGCCAGCUGCGCGGCGGCAGGCCGCUGCGCGGCAGCUCGCAGAGCUGGCGCGCGGGGGGCUGCUCUCCCCAGCUAUUCUCACUGCUGACUCUGCCUCUUCUGGAACUAGCCUGAGGCGCUCUGCUAGCACCCCGGGGGAUCCGCAGUGA